GAGAGGCACCCACCGAUGGCAGAGCCUCAGUGCCCCAGCAGAAGCCAGCACCCACAACCUCCCACCUCCCAACCCUUGCCGGUCUCCCCACCCCCGCCUGAGGGAUGGCCAAGGAACAGCCCAGCCUGGAGCGGGAAGCAGGGACAAGAUGACCUCAGGAAUCCCAGGCUGCGGGGGUGCCUGCGUCCUCCCCUCCCGAGCUCCACUCCGCAGGCGAGACCCCCAACACUGCUCCCCGACACUCUCCGAGGCACCCCUCCUCCGUGCUCACACCCAAACACGUCUGCUCACCCGUGGGCCUCCCACCCCGAACACAACGAGGACUGUCCAGGUGUCAGUGACGGUCACGCCGACCUGGUCCCCUGUCCGGCCUCGCCAGGUCAGCACCUGCCGCGCGCACAGCAGGGCCGGGUGGAAGGAGACCGGGCCUGGCCGUGGCUCAGGCGCCACCUCGCUGGGGAAACUGGGAGGUGGUCUCAGCCCCCUUCUGGGCCUCAGCCUCCCCAUCUGUCCGAAGGAGCCGGGGUAGGCCUGGGCGGCGCGGGGACCCCCACCGCGGGCUCGCCGACUCCGCCCGCCGGAGGCCCCUCCCGCGUCCCGCCCCUGCCCCCGCCCCGGGGCCGCGCGGCUGCCUGGGAGGCUCCGGGCCAGCCGCGGUCCAGAGCGCGCGAGGUUCGGGGAGCUCGGCCAGGCUGCUGGUACCUGCGUCCGCCCGGCGAGCAGGACGGGCUGCUUUGGUUUGUGACCUCCAGGCAGGACGGCCAUCCUCUCCAGAAUGAAGAUCUUCUUGCCAGUGCUGCUGGCUGCCCUUCUGGGUGUGGAGCGAGCCAGCUCGCUGAUGUGCUUCUCCUGCUUGAACCAGAAGAGCAAUCUGUACUGCCUGAAGCCGACCAUCUGCUCCGACCAGGACAACUACUGCGUGACCGUGUCUGCUAGUGCCGGCAUUGGUGAGUGCCAGGCCUCAGACCGUGCCUUCCUCCCCUGGCCAUCUCCCUAGCCCGGGCCGGGGCUCAGCAGAGGCCAUUGCUGUCUGUCUGCAGCUGUCUGUCUCUCCCCUGACAGCCUCAUUUCCCAUGCAGGGAAUCUCGUGACAUUUGGCCACAGCCUGAGCAAGACCUGUUCCCCGGCCUGCCCUAUCCCAGAAGGCGUCAAUGUUGGUGUGGCUUCCAUGGGCAUCAGCUGCUGCCAGAGCUUUCUGUGCAAUUUCAGCGCGGCCGAUGGUGGGCUGCGGGCAAGCGCCACCCUGCUGGGUGCUGGGCUGCUGCUGGGCCUGCUGCCGGCCCUGCUACGGUUUGGCCCCUGACCGCCCAGACUCUGUCCCCCAAUCCCCCAGCUCGGGAAGGAAAGCCCAGCCCUUUCUGGAUCCCACAGUGUAUGGGAGCCCCUGACUCCUCACGCGCCUGAUCUGUGCCCUUGGUCCCAGGUCAGGCCCACCCCCUGCACCUCCACCUGCCCCAGCCCCUGCCUCUGCCCCAAGUGGGGCCAGCUGCCCUCACUUCUGGGGUGGAUGAUGUGACCUUCCUUGGGGGACUGCGGAAGGGACGAGAGUUCCCUGGAGUCUUACGGUCCAACGUCAGGACCAAGUCCCAUGGACAUGCUGACAGGGUCCCCAGGGAGACUGUGUCAGUAGGGAUGUGUGCCUGGCUGUGUACGUGGGUGUGCAGUGCACGUGAGAGCACGUGGCGGCUUCUGGGGGCCAUGUUUGGGGAGGGAGGUGUGCCAGCAGCCUGGAGAGCCUCAGUCCCUGUAGCCCCCUGCCCUGGCACAGCUGCAUGCACUUCAAGGGCAGCCUUUGGGGGUUGGGGUUUCUGCCACUUCCAGGUCUAGGCCCUGCCCCAAAUCCAGCCAGUCCUGCCCCAGCCCACCCCCACAUUGGAGCCCUCCUGCUGCUUUGGUGCCUCAAAUAAAUACAGAUGUCCCCCA